CAACCGCUUACCAUACAAAGCAAUACAAUUUCUAUCGUCUGCCUCUCAGUUUACUCUCUUUUAACUCCAUAUCUUCGAAACCUCACUCCACGUCUGUCGCGCCCAUUCACAUAAUUGAAAGUGCGUCUUAUCAUCAUGUCGCCUCCGUCGGCCACAUUUGAGCCCCACCAAGAUGGUGGCGAGAAGCCCUCAAAUGCAGCGCCCCUCGAACCCGGAAUCACACAGACUGAAGCAUCAGUGCAAAAGACCAAGAUUCCGGGUCCUCCAAAGUUUGAUGAUCCCUACAAGGAGCGUGCAUACUUGAAAGGUCGAUUGGCUGCCGCCUUCCGUAUCUUCGGAAAAUUUGGGUUCGAUGAAGGAGUCGCAGGCCACAUCACGCUCCGCGAUCCCGUCGACCCUGCGACAUUCUGGGUCAACCCAUUCGGCGUUUCAUUCAAUCUGAUGAAGUCGUCCGACCUGAUCCACGUGAACGAGGAAGGCGAAGUCAUUGGCGGCGGAGAGUGCAGGCUACUGAACACUGCGGCGUAUAUGAUUCAUUCCGCCAUCCAUCAAGCGAGACCUGAUGUCAUCGCUGCUUGCCAUUCCCAUUCGAUUUACGGCCGAUCGUUUUGCACCCUGGGGAGGAAAUUGGACACAAUCACGCAAGAUUCUUGCGCGUUCCACAAUGACCAUGUACUCUACACAUCAUACAAAGGCGUCGUCCUGGCAAAAGAAGAAGGAGAAAACAUUGCGAAAAAGCUGGGCCCUCACAAAGCGGCUCUACUGCAAAACCACGGUCUGCUAACUGUCGGACACUCCAUCGAAGAGGCGGUGUUCUGGUUCGUUUCCAUGGAGAAGUGCUGCCACGCACAACUUCUGGCUGAUGCUGCGGCUGCAGGGCGGGGCGGCCAAACAGAGAAGAUUGCAGAAGAAGAUGCGGUAUUUACGAGUAAGACCGUGGGCACACACAUUGCAGGCUGGUUUUCUGCUAAACCGUUGUUCGAUGUUAUACACAAGGAGACAGGAGGCGAUUAUUUGGAGUAGGCAGUUGUAGUUAAGGUGUAUAUCUGAAAAUUAUCAUAGUUUCGUGUGCAUUUCGGUAAAGUUGGG